GGCCCCGGCGGCCGCUCGCCUGCACCGGCUCUUUGCCGGCUCCGCGGGCGGCGGCAGCGGCGACAGGGACGGGCCCAGGACACCCCGCGUAGAUGCGGUAACAAUGGAGUUGAGCUGCGCUGAAGUACCUCUUUAUGGGCAGGUGACUAUACAAGCAAAAAUUGACAGAGACAUUUACCUCCCAGAGAAUGCAGAGUUUUACUUUGAUGGGUCCCUGAAGAGGCACAUAAUAUUUGCUGAGAGAGUUGGUGACAACACUCUUCAGUCUAUUGUUCCAGAGCCUAAACAUAAAGAAACUCUCCUCCACCUUGUGAUGAAAUUGGGCUUGGUUAAGCUCUCUCAGUUCUUGGCAGCCCAGCCUGGAGGGUCAUCAGCAUUAGCAUUACCUGAUGAGGAUGGAGCAACACCCUUAGAUUUGGCUUUACAAAAUGGGCAGUCUAAACUUGUUGAGGUCUUUGCAAAUUUCCAGGGCAGUCACUUGCUUGACAUUUCAAGAGUGGACAUCAGCGAGGAUGCUUUUGUGCAGUUGGUUAAUUCAUCAGGAGUUCUGACGCUGACAUUUAGCCACACCACAGAGCAGCUGCUGGAGUCAGACAUUGAGCUCUUCAGAAAGUACUUCUUGGACAGACCUCUUCUUUACCAGAGUAUUAAUUCAAACCAAGUUGAGACAGUGGAAGGCCCAAAAUUGCCCUGCAGUACAACAAGCUCUGUAGAAGGUCUUGUGAACUCAAUGUCUGACGAAUUGUCCCAGGAUGAUACUAAGCCUUUCCAAGACUCCGUGACUCCUCUUAAAGAAAAUGAAGAUGAUGUAUUGUUUGAUGUGGGACAUAGACACUGUACCCUUGAUGUUCUCAGAAAACUUAAGGCUCAACCUACUUUCUUCGCUGCAACCAGACUUUCUACCAUGCUGAGUGGAAGUGAUGAAGUAUAUGCAAACUGCAUGGUAGUAGAUCAGGCUGAAGAUUUAAAGACUAACUAUGUUCACAGACAUGGCAUCAGCAGUGAAACUUGUCUGAAUUUCACUGACUCCAUCCCAAUGGCUAAAAGCUCUUCAUCUCCCUCUCUUGAGGAGAAUGACCAGUACAAGUAUGUUCCCAAUGAAGGAAAUAAAAGAUCAGGCAAAAAUAGAGAAAGUACAGAUUUAAGACAUUCUAUUUCACCUUCUGAUCCUUAUGGAAUAGAUUCAUACCUCCCAUUUAAGACUCAUGGAUUUGUUAAGGAUCGUGGACAACUAUAUGCUGACAUGAAAAAAAGAAGUUCCAGUCUCGAUGACCUUGAAGUAGAUGGUGGAAGUGGAGGUGGUUUGGACAGUUCCCACAUUCACUAUGCUCACCUGAGCUCUUCAGAGGCCAUGGCUUGUAGCAGAGAUGGAUUGGACUUACCUACCAGUCUGCAGCCCAGGGAAUGCGCAGCAUCUGGGGUUCGUUCGCGCUCCUAUUCCUGUUCCUUACCCAAAAGUUUAUUAGGAAGACCUCACCUUUCCUGGGACUUUGCAGCUGGGAAUUCAAAUAAAGAGCGAACAUACAGUCUGCCCCAGCAGUCCCGGGAGAGGAGGAUUAAGGAAGAGGAAUGGAAUAAGUAUAUUGUACCCUCAAAAAAUGAGUCUGAAAAAUGUAAAGUAAGUCGAACUUUCAGCUUUCUGAUGAACAGAAUGACCAGCACACGGAAUAAGUACAAGAAGAAAAUUAAAGAUAGCAAAGAUAAAUUGAAAUGGAACAAGCACAAUUUUACAAAUGGGACCUUCUCAGGAGUUAUCCCAUGUAUGGUCUGUGAAAAAGCCCUGCUAGUAAAGGAGUCACUGCAGUGCUCUUGUUGCGACAUGGUUGUGCAUAAAAGCUGCAGGGAUUAUUGUCCCGUGUGCACCAAGAAAUCCCAGAAGAGGUACCAUAAUAAAAACAAACCUCAAGCUGGUGUAACAAAUUCCCUGCCUUCAGAUAUUGCACAGAUAAUGCUCUCUCCAGUACAUUCUUCUUCCUCUAUGCCUAUGGGACUGUCUGCUGGAAGGAGGGAAGCCUCACAACAGUCCCAUGCCUUGUCCCAAGGUGUCCUCAGUACCAGUUUAGAAAGAAGAUGCAUGCCAUUUUCUGAACAAGACUCUGAGACUAGCACCUGGAGGUCCAAGUCACAAUCUGAAGAGAUGUUACAAACUUUAGGGACCUUUUCUUCAAUGGAUCCUUUUAUGAUGGAAGAUGAUGUGGAUUUGUCUCAGUGGACUGAUCUCCGCACAGAUGCACAAGAGUUUGAAGCAGAGUCCUGGAGCCUUGUUGUGGAUCCAGUGUUCUGUAGCAAGCAAGAAAAGGAUGUCAUCAAGAGACAGGAUGUUAUUUUUGAGCUGAUGCAAACAGAAGUUCAUCACAUCCAUACCCUGUUUAUUAUGUCUGAAAUAUUCAGGAAGGGGAUGAAGGAGAAACUGCAGCUGGACCACAGCACGGUGGACAGAGUAUUCCCCUGCUUAGAUGAACUACUGGAGAUACACAAGCAGUUCUUCUGCAGAAUGAAGGAGAGACGACUGGAAUCAUGUGAGACAGGGAGUGAACGUAAUUUUGUCAUCAACAGACUUGGAGACAUCCUUGUGCAGCAGUUUUCAGAGGAAAAUGCAACUAAAAUGAAGAAAAUAUACGGAGAGUUCUGUAGUCAUCAAAAAGAAGCUGUUAAUCUCUUCAAAGAGUUGCAACAAAACAAGAAGUUCCAGAAUUUUAUUAAACUGCAAAAUAGUAACCUGUUGGCACGACGCCAAGGAAUCCCUGAGUGCAUUUUGCUUGUCACUCAGCGAAUCACCAAAUACCCUGUUUUGGUUGAAAGGAUAUUGCAAUACUCAAAAGAAGGAACCGAAGAACAUAAAGACCUGUGCAAAGCCCUUCGUCUAAUCAAGGACAUGAUUGCAGCAGUAGAUCUGAAAGUGAAUGAAUAUGAGAAAAAGCAAAAGCUGUUGGAAAUUUUCAGUAGAACUGAAAACAAAACGUACACAAAGAUGAAAAACGGGUAUGUUUUCAGGAAGCAAGACUUGAUGAGGAAAAAGAGGUUUCUUCUUCAUGAAGGUUUAGUGUACUGGAAGACAGCAACGGGUCGUUUCAAAGAUACUUUAGCACUGCUUCUAACUGAUGUGCUGCUGUUCUUACAAGAAAAAGAUCAAAAAUACAUCUUUUCAGCUGUUGAUCAGAAGCCUUCCGUUAUCUCCCUUCAGAGGCUCAUAGUAAGAGAAGUAGCCAAUGAAGAAAGAGGGAUGUUUCUGAUCAGCGCUUCCUCUGCAGGGCCUGAGAUGUAUGAGGUUCAUACCAGCUCCAAAGAGGAACGUAACAACUGGAUGAGGCAUAUUCAAGAUGCAGUGGAAAGUUGCCCGGAGCAAGAAGAAGAAAGAAAAAUGAGUGAGUCUGAUGAAGACAGAUGUAUUGUUGAGGCUAAAGCAUCCAGAAUUCAGAAAUGUCAAGAAUCACUGAGUAACCAGGACCAGCAGAUCUGUAGUUAUUUGGAACAGAAGUUGUGUAUCUAUUCAGAACUGGGAGAUAUGAAUGGGUUUGAGGAUGUUCACAUAGCACCUCACCUCCUUGUCAAACCUGAUUCUGGAGAAACUCCACAGGCUGCUUCAUUGGUGGCAGCAGCACUCAGAGAAGUUGAAAAUCUCCGUGUUGCUGUAAUGACAUCACAAGUGAAUGAAACAGACAGAUCACCAGAGGAUAGCAUUGAGGAAUUACAUGAGAACCAUAGAUUUAGUGCCAAUGAAAUCUUGGAAUCUGUUCCUGAUGAUGCAGUAAUGAAAGAAGCUGAAGAAUUGUUUGAAGUCGAUCUUGGUGCUGAAAAAGAAGUGGCAGCUGCCAAUCAAGAGGAGAAGGGAGGAAAUGUGAGUUUCCCUGGAUCUAUGGGGACAGAGAUUGUGCAAGCAGUCCAGAACUUAACCCGUCUCUUGUACAGCAUACAGGCAGUGAUUACUAUCCAGGACAGCCACAGAGAGCUCCACAGGUUACUCCUGCAAGAGAAUGAGAAGACUGGUCAAGGCCAUGGUUCUCAGCUAAACCUCCUUCUGGAACAAGAGAAAUACCGGAAUCUGGAAAAACAAAGGGUGGAACUGGCCAACAUACACAAACUGAAGCAGCAAUUUCAGCAAGAGCAGCAGCGGUGGCUGCGUGAAUGCAAGCAGCGCCAGCAGGAGCAGGAGACAAGGGAGGGCUGGCUGGCACAGCAGGACAGGGAGUGCAACUGCCAGGAGGAGCUGCUGGAGAGGAGCCGACAGGAACUGGCGCUGCAGCUGCAGGAGUACCAGCAGAGCCUAGAGAGGCUUCAGGAGGGCCAAAAAAUGGUGGAAAGAGAAAGAGACAGCGUGAAAAUGCAGAAGCAGCUCCUCUGGCACUGGAAGUAUGGUCAAAAAAGUAGCCUGUUGUCAUCCACAGGGAGCUAUGAGAUAAUGGAAUAUAGUCAAUCAGACAGCUUACAUGGCCAAAAUACAUUCUACUUAAAUGAAGCUGUAGUGUCUGAGUCUCUGGGCAGUUUCAACAGAUCAGAUUCUUCUCUGGUUUGUGAGGAUGGUGUGUAUGGGCUGAACAUCUCAAAUUCUGAUAUGGCAAAGACUAGUGAAAAUCAGGUGAAGCUGAAAAUGGACCCUUCUUGCCAGCCAAUGUUAACCAGUGAACUGUGGAAAUCCACUGAUUCUUACCCACAGAUGUCUUUUUCCUGCAAAAGCAAUGAGGAUGUCUUUAAUAACGAUGUGAAUGCAUCACAGACCCAGGGUCCUCAAACCAGCCUUCUAAACCAGGGGUGUGUCGAGGCACUGCUGCCGGAUCUGCCUGAGAGCCUACAGGACGCAGAAAGUGGAGAUGGGGUAGAGGAGAAGAUUGUUUACCUCUGAUCGCUCAUUUUGUAAUCUCAGUAGCACUUUGCAAGUAUAAUUCUGUUUGCUUUUCUAAAUGUCUGUAGUUGCUCUCUGUAUGACCAAAUGACUGUAAGGAUAGUAUUUAAUAUGCAAUGCAAGAUUAUUCCCAUGAUAAAUACAACAAUUAAGUUAUUUUGAAGCAUUUGUCUUACAAUCUCACUGGCAAAAAGGAAAGGCAAAAAUAGUAGUCUCAUAGUUAACUUAACCCUUCUGAAACUCUGCUGCUUUCCUAUGUAGAAGUCAGCUAGCUUCCUGCUUUCAGGUUCCUGGGGUCGUUGAUGCAUUUGGUAGUAA